AGCCUAUCAAAAACAACCACAUAAAAACAGGUAAAUACAGAUUGAUACACAUUGAACAUAAAGAUAAGAUCAAGCGAUAAAGGCAAUAAUCGAAAAAGGCCGUUUUAUCUGUCAAGUUCAGGCCUAGACCUCUAACCUAAGUGACCUAGAGGGUAUCCCUCCCACUAGGGAGAAUUUAAGGAGAAAGUUUUGGUUGUGAUUAAGAAAAAAAAAACAGAUAAGGUGGUUCUUAAAAUGUUUAACAACCUCUUAUCACCUGAGUAGUGUCUAGGAAAAGAACUUCAAUCGCUUUAUUGUAGCGUGAACGUCAAAGAGGAAUAUACAUCCGAUGAGAAAAAAAUGACCAAUAAAUUAUAAAUUUUGAGGUUAUAAGAGCGACAGACACAAAAAUGAAAAGAUUUCGGCAUUUCGCGUAUUUCAUCGAGGCGUUUGUAUUAUAUUUGAUCGCAAUCGAAAAUGUAAGUCCAAAUGUCAUCGGAAAGAAGGAGAGCGAAAGCACUGGAAAUCUAGGAUUGUAUAAUGCGAGUGAUCAUGUAGUCAUUCUCAAUGCAACCAAUUUCAAAUCCAGUGUUUAUGGUAGCAAUUCCAGUUGGCUAGUCGAAUUUUAUAACAGCUGGUGUGGUCAUUGUCUUCGAUAUGCUCCAGUUUGGAAGGAUUUUUCACGGAAUAUUCUGGCUUGGCGAGAUGUGGUAAAAGUUUCAGCGAUCGAUUGCGCCGAUGACGAUAAUAAUCCGAUUUGCCGAGAGUACGAAGUCAUGUAUUAUCCAAUGUUGAGAUACUUUUCGGUGGAUUUAAAACAAGGGUCUCUGGGACUGGUAAUUGAAAAAGGAAAGGACGUAUCUACUAUGCGUCACAAUUUAGUCAAACAACUAGAAAUUGAACAGCAGGAGGGCCGAGGAUCUACUUGGCCUAAUAUUGUUCCUUAUAGGAAAAGUGAGCUUGAGAGCAUUUGGAAAGCAGUGAAAAGCGAGAUAAAAUACACAUUCCUCAUAUUCGAAACGCCAAACUCCUACGUGGGAUCCAGCGUAAUUUUAGACUUCCAGAAUGUCCAUGAUAUGCACAUACGAAGAGUAACUUCGGACAAUGAACUUCUCUGUGUGACAGCCAAAGUCACGAAAUUCCCCAGUCUUAUUCUCCUUCAACGAGAUGGUUCUCAAAAAUCUCUAGGCAUAAAAGCGCCGACGCGGGAAGGAGUUCGAAAAUCGAUUCAAGAAUACAUGAGCUCGGUGGGUAUUAAUAUCGAGAUGAUGGACACCAUGGAAGAAUAUCCCGAGGAUAAUUCGAAAGUAGGGGAAAAUGAUGAGAAGCAAGAGUCGGGAGGUUCGGAAAAUUUCCCAGAUAAAUUCGGCGAUGUUGUCUUCCAAUUGGAUUUGGAAAAGGCUCUCCGCUAUUCGAUAGCUCAUGAAAUUCCCCUCUCGAAGAUGAUUGACAGGGAGAAGCUGGUAGCGCUGAAGAAUUACUUGAGUGUCCUAGCCACCUACUUUCCGAUGCAACAAACUGGAGUCGUUUAUUUGUCCACUCUUCACGACAUUAUCAAAGAGAAGAGGAACAUAAGCGGCGCGGAUUUUCGACGACUCGUUGUCUCCACCGAGGAAGAAAUGUCGCCAGUUUAUUCCGGGAAUCUUGAGUGGAUUGGCUGCAAGGGCAGCUCGAAAAUCUACCGGGGAUAUCCCUGUGGCUUGUGGACAAUGUUUCACAUGUUGACGGUGAAUUUUGCUGUUCAGAGCUUCAAGGAAGUUGAGUACAAUCCGGCAAAAAUUUUGCGCGCAAUGUACGGAUAUAUUACGAAUUUUUUCGGUUGUGCCGAGUGCGCCCGGCAUUUCGCCGAGAUGGCCAACAGGAGUAAAAUAUUUGAAGUGAAGAAUGAAGAUGAUAAUAUUCUCUGGCUGUGGAGAGCGCACAAUGAAGUCAAUGAGAGAUUGGCGGGUGAUGCGACGGAAGAUCCGCAGCACAAGAAAAUCCAGUAUCCUGGGGCAAAGGAUUGUUCCGCGUGUCGAGACGAGAAUGGAAACUGGAAGGAGGACGCGGUUUUGUCGUACUUGAAGUCGAAGUAUAGAUACGAGGGGAUUAAUUUUUACAAGUCGAGCAUCAAGUCAAAGGAGGAGGCGGGUGGUCAUAAUGUGACGAAAAUUCGAAAGGAGAGACUAGUGUCUUCUAGUUUUAUGAGUUCGCGGAAACUUGGCUGGGAUUUUACCAUUUUUGAUAUCAGCAUUUGCGUCGUUUUGUAUGUCAUGUCGGCUACGAUUCUCAUUCUGGUUUGCAUUAAAUUCGCUGUUAAGCGAGGCUACAGAAAGAAACCUUAUGUACAUUCCUUUUUUGGCAGAGUUUAAGUCUCUGCAAGAGUUACAGUGGAAAUUAUUCUGGAAAGAGUUGAUUAAAAAUUCCUUUAUUGUACAAGGAAAUUGGCAGAAACUUCUAGUAUUAUGUGUCAAUGAUACUUGUGUUUCUGCACCUAAUACGAUAAUCAUGUUUGGUAAUUUAGGAGAAUUAUGAAACUUGGUGUCUUUUUAAUUUAAUGGCUCUUUCUGUACUAAUUUUUGUUAUUUAAUUUUUUUAAAUUCAAUUCUUCCUUGAGAAAAAUAUUCCAUAUUUCUAGAAGUGAAAAUUGCGAGUGACGACAUUUUAAGUCUAGAGUGAUUAUUGUAAAUAUAAUUUCGUGUAUAUAUUGUCAAUACUUUUAGUGAUAUUUUAACUGUGCAUAUGAAUAAUUGAAUGUACUUUUUAGUAGGAACGAAUGUGCAUGAACGAAUUUUUUCGAAAUAGUUUUUAAUCUCAUGAGUCUGGGAAGCUCUUCCUUAAUGUUAUCAUUUGCAAUAAAUAAAUCUUUUAGAUUGAAAAA